AUGGAUUCGCCACACUCGUAUUGUAAGGUCUGCACCCUUCAUGAGGCAAAGUACAGAUGCCCUAAAUGUCUCAUUCCUUUCUGCUCCGUCCCAUGCUUCAAAAAGCAUAAGGAACAUUGUAAAGAGGUUGUGAUGAAGCCAAAUCCACCGGAGGAAAAGAAGAAAGAGGAGCGUAAAAAGACAAAUCUCCUCUCACAGGUCAUGAAACAACAAAUCCUUGAAGACCAGAGAGUCGGGAAAAUGCUUGAAAGAAAGAGAACAUGGGAAUUGCUGAAGAUAGUGAAAGAAGAAGGUGUUGAUACUCUUAAAUCAAUGAUGUACGGAGACACAGAAGACGAUGUCAUAUUUCAGAAUUUUGCAAUGAGAGUUCUACAGGCUGUUGGGCUCAGGGAUGAGAACUUUUCGUGUGUGUUAUAA